AUGCCGACAAGCACCCGCAUUCCACAAUUUUUGGUUUCGGUUUCCCAGGAGAUGUCGGUUAGAUCCCGGAGAUUGUGCGCAGUCCUGAAGGACAUGUCACAAUACUGCCAGAAACUGCACCAACAAGGCUUGGUCGCUGCUGACGUCACUGCCGUCAACUCGAUCCUGCUGAAGAUGUUCGUUUCCAUUGAGCGACUGUCGCAAUUGAAGGAGUACCGAACACCACAAGGCCUGCGAUCAAUGGCCCGGUUCUAUGUGGUGGUCAUCCUUCCUCUGUUCUAUGGACCCUUGUGGGCACGGGUGAAGAUGGACAUGGGCUUCACAUUCGCCCUGUUCCUCGCUCUCAUGAUGAACCUUGUGCUGACUGGAUUGCUGAACCUAGCCAUCUCGCUUGAGGAUCCCUUCGACGAAGUUGCCCUCGAUGGCGUCAGCAUCUAUGAGGCCUCGGAUCAUGUGCUUUGGGCAGUCCAUGACCCCGAACCUCUGGAUUCACCGCCACAUUUGAGUUUGAGUGUGAGGCCUCAAGACAAAGACAAAGGAAACAGCGCGUUGCAGUCUAAAGGAGGAAAUGGAGCAACGAGAGAAACUCUGGGCUCCAGCAUAGUGUGA